AUGGACUUCACCUCCUCGAAAUGCAUACCCGGUUGCAAACACACCCUUACCCCUUCUCAAUUCGAAAAUGAGACCGCCAUGGGCGAUACACACUGGCGCAGAAUCCAGGUGGUCAGGGUACUCGAGUCUUUUGAGGCAGCGAAGCGAGUCAUGUCACGACAAGGGAUUCAUCACGUUUGUAGGUUUCUCGAAGCCGGCAGAUGGAUAUCCGAAAGAUCGAGCAUCAGUGAUAGUAUCGCAUACAGAGCUCUGAAGCAGCAGCGCGGCUACGAAAGAUAUCCAAGUUUCUACUACCCUCGAUUUUUCGUCGUCCAGGCCAUCUUCGGGUCUAAAAGUGCUCCCAUUCCUGGUUGUUUCAUUAAAUAUUGCCUGGAUAUGUCGCAUCACUGGGGUAUCCAAAUCAAUCCCAGCAAGCCUUUCUACCCUCGUCUUGAAGAUUCUGAGAAGGAGCUGGUUUUAAUGAGGGGAGUAUACCCUGAACCACCGAAGCCGAGGCUACUCCAAGAUCCUUACGCACAAUCUGCUUCGAUCCCAGUUGUCGGCUCCUAUGAUGACGGUGAGCAAUCGUGCAGCAUUCAAGAGACUUGUGGUACGACCGGUAUCAUCAAACCAGAACCUGUCAAUGAUGACAACCUCCUACACAGAGCCGAAAACCACAAUUUCAGUACAAACCAUGCCUUUGAGCGUCGUUUUUCUCAACUAGAGAGAAACUUCGAGCGCCGCAUGGCUAGAGCCCAGAGAGGUCUCGAACACCGUGUUGGGAACCUCGUCGGGCAACACUUCUCAAAGUAUCAAGACCAACUACAGAUUAAUACCAUCAGAGCAGAGGAAGAUCCCGAGAGCCGUCUAAGAGAAGCGCGCGAAAAAGCAAAGGACAUCCAUCAACAUGCCCUCCGGGCUCAAAGACAUGCAGAUACAGCAGUGAAGAUGGCAGAAGCCCUUUGCGAGAGUCUGACCACAGCCACCAAGCGUCCUGUCAGCGAUGAUCACUACGACGAUGAGCAUUCCAGCAAGAGAGUGCGCGGUGCUUGA